UUCACCACUUCUGUAGGGGGUCCCCCAAAAAAUUUCACAAAAGAUGUAUAGCCAUCGCUGAGAUGGCAUCGCAUUUUUCACAAUUUUGAAGGGAUUAACCCAGAAAAUUUCAAAAUAUAUCGUAAAAAUAUUUUAUUCUUACCUGGGAGGCUCCGACUCCAUGCAUUACUCCGGCUCAUCGUGGCUUGUGUCCUCAUGGGUCUCUGGCCGCCUGGGUCCCGGCAACCAAUGCGGUAAACUGGGUGUUGGGUGGUGGUCUGGUGGGCAUCAUCAUGGCCAACCUUCUGUGGGAUGUGUUUCUUCGGAGGAGUCACCUUGUGGUCAUUGGUUUAGUGAUCUUUGCUUUCCUCUGCUACACCUAGCUGUCGUCGCAUCCCUUGGUCCGGCCAUUUUCAUGGUGGGCGCCUCCUAUGCCGGCUGUGAUCGUGUCCUUGUCGUCGUUAUCUUCACCAUCUUCAUGGGUCUUAUAUCCAUCUGAAACUAUACGCAUAUUCCUGGCGGUAUG